AUGUUACAGCUACUGUUUGCUAGCAGCAGAACCCCGCAGAGAACAGCCGACCAUGCUCCAAGUCGGGCCCAGAGUGGAAGAUACCGAAGAGGAUUGCCAAAGAAACACAGCACGGAAUGGGAUCAGGGAGUCAAGAUAAAUAACUGCACAAACAGUAAAGUAAAGGAAUUUAAUAUUUUAGCUUUUAACACCACUGCGACUGGACAGAUUGCAUUGUUUAUUGGUGUGUUGUUUAUGUAUUUGGUGACAGUCAUUGGGAAUGUGAUCAUUAUCGCCCUUGUAUGUUUGGUCUCCCAGCUGCACACUCCUAUGUAUUUCUUCCUUUGUAAUCUCUCCAGUGCAGAUAUCGCCUUUGUGUCCGUAACUCUUCCGAAGUUACUUUCUAUCAUUGUAACCAAAGAUCAAAGGAUCUCAUUCCAAGGCUGCAUAACUCAGCUGUAUUUUUUAUUAUUGUGCGGACAGGCGGAUAUGUUCAUCCUGACAUGUAUGGCUUAUGACCGGUAUGUGGCAGUCUGUAAGCCUCUGCAGUACACAAUGAUCAUGAGAAAAAAGGUGAGACUUACAAUGGCUGUGGCUUCCUGGCUCAUCGGUACCUUUAACGCUUUAUUGCAUGCCUUACUUGCCUCUUUUCUCUCUUUCUGCUCCUCCAAUGAAAUUGACCAUUUUUUUUGUGAUCUGAAGACACUAAACAAGCUCUCUGCCAGUGACUCCAUGAGCCGAGAUAUUUUAAUCUCUAUCGAAAGUGCAAUGAUUGGAUGCCUACCUUGUUCCUGCAUUGUAGUAUCCUAUGUCUACAUCAUUUCUACCAUACUGAAGAUCAAAUCCUCUAAGGGUCGUCGUAAAGCUUUCUCCAGCUGUACUUCCCACCUUACAACAGUAAUAUUAUUCUAUGGACCUAUUAUCUUCUUGUACAUGAAACCACAGUCAACCCGUACUAGAGAAGACGACAAGCUGCUCUCCUUUAUAUAUGUGGCUGUGGUUCCAAUGUUAAACCCCUUGGUGUACAGUCUAAGAAAUAAAGAUGUAUUGAAUGCAAUGGCAAAAGUAAAACUAUACUUAAAGAGCAUGUAA